AUGAAUUCACUAAAGAAAUCUGGACUGAUCAAUCCAUCAUCUGUAACUGCACACAUCCAACAUCAACCCACAACUACAAAGGCAUCGGCUCAUACUGCACUUGAUCAUGCACUUAAAUCCCACAAACUACAGGAACAGUACAAAAAAGAAGAGUUGUUUUGUCGAAUGAAACUAUCCGAAUAUCGUACUAUGGUGCAAGAACGAGACCAAUUAAGACAGGAUCUCGACAAGAUUCAUCAGCAUAUCCAAAAAAGCAUUACACUAGAUCAGCUUUCUAUCCAAAAUGCUAAACAACUUUUAGAAUUAGAUCGAUAUCCAAAUCUCCCCAUAGGCGAUCUUGCCUUGUAUGUAAAUAACGCAUUAAGCGAUUUAGAUGUACAGAUAUCUGAUGCAACUCUCCAGCACCACAUUCAGUCCAAAGUACAUCGACUUUAUCGUAAAAAGAAAUGGAAACAUCGACAAAAAACCAAACUGCAUCACAAAAAGUUGAACGACAAAGCAACGGAUACAUUCAAGUCAGAUCAACUUGAAUCUGAUUCAACAUCACAAACUACUACUCUAUAUCAAAACAUAAAUUCAAAAAGCAUCAGCCGUUCCACGAUUGAUCGCAAAUGCAAUGACUUGAAGAAGCAGUGCGAUGAUGUCAAGAAUAAGUUAAAGGUGAUUGAGAAUUUGCUUGAAUUGUCAAACAGUCGACCAUUACAAGAUGAAUCUUGCAAUAAUACAAAAACUGGAUCAGCAUCUACUAAAAAACUGCAGCCAAUCAAAGAUUCGACCGAAAAACGAAUAAAACAAUUGCAUCAAAUCUUGACUCUAGCACGUCAAUUCAUCUUCACUGCAUCCCAAAGUUCCUAUGCACAACCAACUCGAUCUGCUUUUAAAUCAACACUCAAGAAAAAAACGAAUAGCCAGUUUUUUGGUCAGGCGCAGCUGUCUUUUAAAAAUUUGAUACAUAUACGGUAA